UAGCCGACCAGUUGAUUAGGAUUACGUUUGGGCCACAAAGUAAGCAUGCGUGCUGGUGUAUUUGUACCUACUGCCCAUGUGCUUAUGAACCUUGGGCCAUUUACAAAAUAAAAAAACGAAAGGACGGCUUCUAUUUUAUUCAUGCUUUCUUGCUUCCAUCCUUGUCCUUUUCCACGCUUUCUUGCUAGUACUUAUAUACCUAGCCUGUUCAUCUUCUACCCUCAUCUUCAUCUUCAUCAACCUGUUUUCCUCUCUCCUAGAAAGCUAAGACAGAGAGAAAGAUGAUCAAGCUAAGGUCAAUGAGGUUUAGCAGAAGCAGUUGCAAGCUGAGCAGUGGAAACAGAGCUACCCUAUCACCAUCAGAAAAGGAUUGCACAAGCAUGAGUGAAAUUAAAUGGGAGCUUCGUCCAGGUGGCAUGCUUGUUCAGAAAAGGGACACCAGUCAAAACGCAGGAGAGGGACUCAUCACUCUGAGAGUUUCAACUGUGUCUCACUGGCAUGACAUUUCCGUUGAAGCUACUUCAACUUUUGGGGAAUUGAAGACGAUAUUGUCACUGAUAACUAAUCUGGAGCCCAGAGAGCAGAGGGUAUUGUUCAAAGGUAAAGAGAGAGAUGAUAAAGAACACCUACACAUGGUUGGGGUCAAAGACAAGGACAAGGUUCUGUUGCUACAGGAUCCAGCAUUGAAGGAAGAGAAGAAGCUGCUUGGUCUUGCGGGAAGAAGCCAACCCAUUAACACUCCUUGUCGUAUCAUCAGUGUCUGACUAGUUUAUACUAUAUAAACUGUGAUUAGGUACUAACCGCCAGAGAAAAGUGAAGAGUGCUGAAUAUUAUGAUGCAUCUUUCUUCUCUUCGUCUUAGACUAGCAAACUCUAUAUACAUGUACCUGUUAUAUUCCGUCGGUUUGCGACUUGUUCAAUUAAAAAACUGUGUAAGCUAAUGCAAUGCGGUGUCAGUGUGAAGAGUGGCGUUUGCUCUGUUAUAAUGCAAGUGUUGAUUCCUUUUGGAUA